AAGCCCGAUAAUGAUCUUUUAAUUUCUAAGCUUUGUACUAGUUUGAUGGAUAUUUCUAUUUUGGGUUCUUUUUUACAUGAGGCCUGAUAGUAUAAACGUUUAUUCUUGUAUUUGGAUUUUUCUCAUGUAGCCCGUUUCGGCAAUAGGGUUGCCGAUAGUCUGAUCUGGCUAGGGCUUGUGACAUUUGAUGCUAGUUGAUUAUUCUCAUGAGAUCCAUGAAUUUUUUUUAUGCUAGUUGAUUAAUGAAAGUUUUGGCCACUUAGGCAGUUUAUGCUUAAAAAAAAGAAAAAGAGAAAAAUAAACAAAGAACUUUGUCAUUGAUACACGAACAACAGCAAAGAGUUUCUAGGGUUUGUCCGUAUCGGUAAGCGAUGGCGUUGGCUGCUCUCAGACGCGAAGGGAGGCGUUUCGCCCCUAUGAUCUCUCCCCACCCUAUUACCGCCCUCCGAUCCUCUCCUCUCGCUCCCUCUCUGGAGGAUGAGGGUCCUAUUGGAGUUCGUUAUAUUUCGACCCAAGUUGUUAGAAACCGUAUGAAGAGUGUCAAGAAUAUUCAGAAAAUCACAAAGGCUAUGAAGAUGGUUGCAGCCUCAAAGUUGAGAGCAAUUCAAACUAAAGCUGAGAAUUCCCGUGGCCUCUGGCAACCAUUUACUGCUCUUCUUGGCGAUCUACCUAGUGCUGAUGUCAAGAAGAACGUUGUUGUGACCAUCUCUUCAGACAAAGGUCUCUGUGGUGGAAUUAAUUCUACAUCAGUCAAGAUAAGCAAGGGGCUCCACAAGUUGAACUCUGGUCCUGAAAAAGAAACAAAAUACGUUAUUUUGGGAGAGAAAGCAAAGGCUCAAUUGAUUCGUGACUCUAAGAAGGACAUUGAGUUAAUCAUAACUGAGCUGCAGAAGAACCCUUUGAACUACACUCAGGUCUCUGUUCUUGCAGAUGAGAUCUUAAAGAAUGUCGAGUAUGAUGCUUUGAGGAUUGUCUUCAACAAGUUUCACUCAGUAGUUUCAUUUGUGCCAACAGUGUCAACUGUUUUAUCACCUGAAAUUGUUGAAAGGGAAGCUGAAUCUGGGGGAAAGCUUGGUGAUCUAGACUCGUAUGAAGUUGAGGGUGGUGAGACAAAGGGCGAAAUACUUCAAAAUCUUGCAGAGUUCCAGUUCUCUUGUGUAAUGUUCAAUGCAGUGUUGGAGAAUGCUUGUAGCGAGCAAGGAGCAAGAAUGUCCGCUAUGGAUAGUUCAAGCAGAAACGCAGGCGACAUGCUUGAUCGCUUAACUCUUACAUAUAACAGAACCCGUCAAGCAUCAAUUACCACUGAACUGAUUGAGAUUAUAUCCGGAGCAUCGGCAUUGGAAGGUUGAACAAAAAGAACAAGUGCUAUGUUUUCGGGACAGUGACGAAAUAAAAUCCGAGUGAACAACUGCUAUGUUCGGACUUGUUCAUGGUGCUACUUUGUGAAACAUUUUGGUGGAGCUAGUGCGAAUAAUGACCUAUCCAUUGUCAAGUGCAAUGUAAAUGUGAUUUUAUUUUUGAUCAUUCAUUGACAUCAGCAUAAGUUGGUAAGUAUUUAGAGAUUGGACGAAUAAGAUUGUCCUUUUUUUUUUCUUUCUAAAUUAUACUCUAAAACAGCAGCCAAAUCUAAUAAUAUAAAGUUACAAAA